AUGAAACCUUUUUCACAAGAAGUAACGAAACUUUGGAACGAAUGGGAAAUUCGAGUGAUGGUUUUAUUGAGCCUCUUCUUACAAAUCAUCCUUGUCAUAUUUGGUUCCAGACGAAAAUAUACUAGAAAUAUUCAGAUAUUUCUCGUUGUCUGGUUAGCAUACUUGACAGCAGACUGGGUGGCAACAGUUGCUCUGGGAAACCUUGCUCGCAACCAAGUAGAUCAUGAUAGUAUGUCUUUCCAAUCAAACAAUAAGCUACAGGCAUUGUGGGCGCCAUUUCUUCUCUUGCACCUUGGUGGCCCAGAUACUAUCACGGCGUACUCUCUAGAAGACAAUGAGUUGUGGUUAAGACACUUUCUUGGACUUGUCAUCCAGGUUCUACUAGCAAUUUAUGUCAUGAUACGGUCUUGGAACAACAAUACAAUCCUCAGAUUUAUAGCUGUUCCAAUAUUUAUCACUGGAAUUGUAAAGUAUGGAGAGAGGAGUUUGGUGCUUUGGUUUUCGAGCGCUCAGCAACUUAAAAAUUCUUUGCGCUCAUCUCAUGACACUGGCCCAGAUUUUGGGGAAGUAAUGGAACAUGGCGAACCAAAAGUAGUUGUAUCCGAUGAUGGACAGGAUAAGUCAAAGCAAAAGAUCGAUCAUAUAGAAUCCGAUGAUGAACAGGACAAGUCAAAGCAAAAGAUCAAUCAUAUAAAAUCCGGUGAUGGACAGGAUAGGUCAACGCAAAAGAUCGAUCAUUAUCUUGUUGUGGCUGAUUUAUUGUUCAAAAGAUUUAGGUGUCUCUUCGCAGACCUAAUUCUUGAUCAUUAUGAACGAAAAGAGAGCUACUCCCUCAUUCACGAAAAGUCAGCAAAAGAGGCCUUCAAAUUGGUAGCGAUUGAGCUUGGAUUCAUGUAUGAUGUGCUCUACACCAAGGCGAGCACAAUUUAUUCCGGAUUCGGCAUCUUUCUUCGAUGCUUCUACUUCUUCUCCCAUGUUUCUGUAUCGGUUAUCUUCUUAAUCAUCGUCUUCAUUAUGGAAAAGCAUGCCUAUUCGCUAAUCGACAUCUCCAUAACUUGUUCACUCCUAGUUGGGGCUAUUUUUCUGGAGAUUUAUGCGUUCAUCAUACUUCUUUUUUCCGACUGGACGAAGCUUUGGUUGUGCACACAUAAUCUUAUUUCCAACGAUACACCUUAUGAUUUACAUGACAGAAAAAAAAGAUGGUCUGGAUCCGUGGGUCAGUACAACCUAUUUAGUUUUUGUCUCCAAGACAUAUCAACCAAAACUGCUGGAGUUCAGAAAUUAAUCGGAGUUAAAGAAACGAUAGAGAAGUACCAAUAUUUGACUUGGGAUGAUGUCGAAAUUGACUUGAGGGAAUCGAUCUUCAGGCAACUCGUAGAGAAAGCCAAAAGAAUUGAAGGUGAUCUUUUCAAUAUCAAGUUAUGCAAAGAAUUAUUGGCUCAGAGAGGAGAUAAUGUGCUUCACAUAUAUGGUCUUGAUGCAUUGAAUUGGAGCACAAUUGAGGUAGAAUUUGAUCACAGCCUCCUUCUUUGGCACAUUGCUACUGAUCUUUGUUAUUAUGACGAUUACCAGAAACGUGGAUUUAUUAUUAAAGAAGUUUCUCAACUAUGCAGUACUAGCAAAUGCGUUUCAGAUUACAUGUUGUAUCUUUUGGUCGUAUGUCCAAUCAUGUUGCCCAAAGGAAUUGGGGAGAUCAGGUAUAGAGAAACUUGUGCGGAGGCUAUGAAAUUUUUUAAACGAAAAAGGUUCGGAACCUUUAGUGAAAUAAGUAAAGCUUGUGAGUCACUACUUCAGGUGAAAACCGAUGAUUCACUGGAAAAAAUUAAGGGAGGCAGAAGCCUAUCAUUGUUGUUUUAUGGAUGCAGACUUGCUAACCAAUUGCAAAAAUUGGAAUCCAAUCUUGGUUGGAGCGAAGAAAGAAAAUGGAAAAUGAUAAGUGACGUAUGGAUAGAAAUGUUAACUUAUGCUGCAAGUCAUUGUGGAUGGAGACCGCAUGGUCAACAACUUAUGAAUGGUGGAGAGUUACUCACUCAUGAAUUAAAUGUUGGCAUCUAA